AUGACCAAGCUAGAAUUCAUCACUGUCGGGGGAUUUGCCAUGCUGGUGCUGCUCCACGUGACCCAAAGUGAAGUGUGUCCUGCCUCCUGCAGCUGUAAGUCCCUGGGAGAAGCUCAGGGCCUGCAUGUGGACUGCAGCUCAAGGCAGCUGAAGGCAGUGCCAGCCUUGCCCCGUGCCACCCAGAGGCUUUAUCUGCACAACAACAGCCUGAGCGCGGUUCCUGCCGGAGCCCUGGACAGUUUGCUCAGCCUGCAGGAGCUGAACGUGUCUGACAACCCUUGGCACUGUGACUGCCACAUCAUGUACCUAAAACUCUGGCUAGAAGACUUCUCUGCGCCCUCUCUUGCAAACAUUAGGUGUGCAACUCCAGCUCCUGUGAGGAUGAAGGCCUUGAGGCAGCUGACUGGGAAUGAGCUGGGGAUUUGUAAGAGGCUUCUCCCAGUCAAGUGUCUAGAGUUCCUUUGGCGAGACCUCAUUUUAAUUGCUGGAGCAAUAAUUACACUCCUUUUACUAGCAUGGGCUCUGAAAUUCUCAAAAAAGAUGGUCUGCCAACUGAAGCUCAGCCAAUACAGGCCUAGGGGCCGACUGCUGAGGAGGCACAUCUCCAAAAACCACAAGAUACAAUGA